AUGGCUGGAAACCGCAAGACGAUCCUCAUCACCGGUGCAGCGGGCUACAUCGGCUCGCACAUCGCGCUUUCUUGCUUGCUUUCGGGCCAGUACAGCGUCGUGACCAUCGACAACUACCACAACUCGUUCCCCACCGCUCUCAAGCGCGUCACCAAGCUCGCGCAGGAUGCCCUUCCCGCCUCCGCGUCCGACGAGGAGAAGAAGGCGCUCGAGAUUGCCGUCCACAAGGGCGACAUCUCGAUCAAGAGCGACAUCGAGAACAUUUUCAAGGAGUACGAGUCCAAGGGCGGCAUCUGGGGCGUGAUCCACGUCGCGGCGCUCAAGGCCGUCGGCGAGUCUGGCGAGAUCCCGAUCAAGUACUACGAGAACAACAUCACCGCGACCAUCAACCUUCUCGACGUCAUGGACCGCUACAAGGUCCGCAACCUCGUCUACUCGUCCUCUGCCACCGUCUACGGCGCGCCCGACAACGUCCCCAUCUCUGAAAACUCUCCCCUUCGCCCCGAGUCGUGCUACGGCCGCACCAAGUUCAUGUCGGAGCUGAUCCUCAAGGACGUCUGCGACUCGAGCCCCGAAUGGCGCGUCAUCUCGCUCCGGUACUUCAACCCUGCCGGCGCGCACGAGUCGGGCGACAUUGGCGAGGACCCGCGCGGACGUCCUGGAAACCUCGUCCCCCUCCUCGCUCAGAUGGCUGUCGGCAAGUUCCCCGAGGGCCUCAAGAUCUUCGGCGACAACUACCCGACUCCUGACGGCACCUGCGUCCGUGACUACAUUCACGUCAUGGACCUCGCGGACGGCCACGUCGACGCCCUCGGCGCGCUCCCGAAGGACGACAUCUUCAAGGCGCAGGCCGCCUCGACCGGUUUCGGCGCCUCGGGUGGAAAGUACAAGGCGUACAACCUCGGCAAGGGCAAGGGCAUGUCGGUCAAGCAGAUGGUUGCCGCGAUGGAGAAGGCUUCCGGCUUCAAGUACAAGGUCGAGGUUGUCGGUCGCCGCACCGGUGACGUCCCCGAACUCGUCGCCAACCCCGAGCUCGCCGAGAAGGAGCUCAACUUCAACGCCAAGCGCGACCUCGAGGAGAUGUGCCGCGAUCAGUGGAACUGGCAAUCGAAGAACCCCCAGGGCUACGAGGGAACUGCUUAG